CCCUACAAAUCCCAGGGGCCGGAGGGUUCCAGGGCAUCCCUGGGUGGCGGCGUGCAGAGGAGGUGACCCGCGGCGGAGGGCCCACAGUGUGCAGCAGCCAUGACGGACCAGCAGGCUGAGGCCCGGUCCUACCUCAGCGAGGAGAUGAUCGCUGAGUUCAAGGCCGCCUUCGACAUGUUCGACGCUGAUGGUGGCGGUGACAUCAGCGUCAAGGAGCUGGGCACGGUCAUGAGGAUGCUGGGCCAGACGCCCACCAAGGAGGAGCUGGACGCCAUCAUCGAGGAGGUGGACGAAGAUGGCAGCGGCACCAUUGACUUCGAAGAGUUCUUGGUCAUGAUGGUGCGCCAGAUGAAAGAGGACGCCAAGGGCAAGAGCGAGGAGGAGCUGGCCGAGUGUUUCCGCAUCUUCGACAGGAAUGCCGACGGCUACAUCGACGCCGAGGAGCUGGCUGAGAUCUUCCGGGCGUCCGGGGAGCAUGUGACCGACGAGGAGAUCGAGUCGCUCAUGAAGGACGGGGACAAGAACAACGACGGCCGCAUUGACUUUGACGAGUUCCUGAAGAUGAUGGAGGGCGUGCAGUAAGAAGCCCACACCCACUGUCCUGCGCGGGAGGCGCGGCCCCUGCGGGCUCGGUGUCUACAAUAAAAGCAAAAAUUGCAAAGCG